AUGGGUAACGUUAAAUUACACAAAGGACUGAAUGAAUUAGGUCAGGGAUGUGCUUCAUCCAUUCCAACCAAGUACCAGACAGUCAUCAUCAGUAAUGAAGAGAAGAAAGGCUUUUCCUCACAGACAAAAAGGUUUCAGGAUCACCUGAAUGAGAAUCCAGGUCCUGGUACAUAUGUCUCACACACAGCUGCUGAGGGAUGCAGUCCUUCAUUCUCUAUGAGAGGAACAGGCAGCUUUGCGUCAAAAGCUGGUCGUGUGCCCCGUAGCUUCCCGAGGUUACACCCAGGACCUGAUGCUUAUAACCUCCAGACGUCUCUACUUCUCAAGCACGACUUCAACAGAGGAGAAUCCAGAACGUUCCGUCUGCCUCUUGCAGUAAAGAGGGAAACGCAAAAAAGUGAAAAUCCUGCCCCAAAUCAAUAUGAUGUGUUUUAUAAUGUCGUGUACAGAAAUUCAACCGUUUCGGCUCAAUGUGCAUUUCGCUCCAAAACCAGACGUGGUGCAACUUUAACGGACAACUUUAAAGGACCUUCUCCCUGCCACUAUAAAGUGAGUGAUGUUUUGGUCCAGAAGACUCCUCUAGUUCCUAUCUCCUGUUUUAAAUCCACCACUGCCCGGAUCCAGCCGCCCGUGAGAAACAACAACCCCGGUCCCGGGACCUACAACCCCUAUCAACCACCAGAACCCGUGAAGAGAACCGUUCUUCCAAGGAGACACUACUUAGGAUUAUCAGCGCCACCUCUGAUACCCGCCAAAGACCCACCCUUCCCUGGCCCGGGACACUUUGACAUAGUGAACAACAAUCCUUCAGCCAAACACCUUGUGUCCAGCGCCGCCUUCCUGUCGGGAACAUGCAGGUGGAUACAGGAGGACAAAGGACAGGACACACCUGGUCCAGGUUUCUAUGAACCCACAGUCCUUUCAAAGGCAUCGUUCUUGUAUAAUCCUGCAAAAAUAUGGAUUCCUGCUUAAACAGCCUUAGUAAAGAAUUUACUUAAGGAUUUGAAGUAUUUAUGUGCUCUUAUUUC